CACACCAAGCCCAGUGUCGCUGGAGCCUGGAGGUAGAAGAAGGCAAGGCCAGGAUCAAGACGAAGGCGGUGAUGCAGCCAAGCUUCGCGCACCUCUGUCUCCUCCUCCUCGUCUUCCUCCUAGUCUGGCCUUGUUCCCCGCAGGAGCAAGAGCACGACGGCGACGGCGCCCUCCACGAGAGCUUCCUCCGCUGCGUCGCGAGCCUCUCGCCGGCCACCACCGACCCGUCCCGGCUCGUCCAUGCGCCGUCGGAGGCCUCCUACCCUUCCCUGCUCAACGCCACCAUCCAGAACCUCCGCUUCGCCUCGCCGCGUACGCCGCGCCCGGCGCUGCUCCUCACCCCGGCGACCGUCGCCGAUGCGCGUGCCUGCGUCGCCUGCUGCCGGCGCCACGGGCUCACGGUCCGCGUCCGAAGCGGCGGCCACGACUACGAGGGCCUCUCCUACCGCUCGGUCCCGCCCCGCGCCGCGGGCGCCCGCCCCUUCGCUGUCGUCGACGUCGCCGCGCUCGGCGGCGUCCGCGUCGAUGCGGCGCGGCGCGAGGCGCGUGUCGGCCCGGGCGCCACGCUCGGGGAGCUCUACUACGCCGUGGCGCGCGACAGCGGCGGGUCCCUCGGGUUCCCCGCCGGGAUCUGCCCCACGGUCUGCGUCGGGGGACACGUCAGCGGCGGCGGGUUCGGGCCCAUGAUGCGGAAGCACGGCCUCGCCGCCGACAACGUGGUGGACGCCGAGGUGGUGGACGCCGAGGGUAGGCUCCUGGACCGCGCGGCCAUGGGCGAGGGCCUCUUCUGGGCGCUCCGCGGCGGCGGCGGCGGGAGCUUCGGCGUCGUGGUCUCCUGGACGGUGCGGCUCGUCCCCGUGCCGCCCGUCGUGUCCACCUUCAACGUCCGCCGCCUCCUCCGGCGCGGAGACCGGCGGCAAGCCGAAUCCACCGUGCGCCUCCUGACCAAAUGGCAGCGCGUGGCGCACGCGCUCCCCGACGACCUGUUCGUGAAGGCGGCGAUUGAACCCAAGCUCGACGCCCCCGGCGAGCGGCGCCCACUGGUGACCUUCAAGUCGCUGUUCCUCGGCAACUGCAGCAGCAUGGUCGCCGAGAUGAGCACCCAUCUCCCCGAGCUCGGCGUAACGCCCAGCGACUGCCGCGACAUGAGCUGGAUCCAAUCCAUGCUCUACUUCUACGGCUACACCGACGGGCAACCCGCCGAGGUGCUCCUCGACCGGACCCUGCAGCCCAAGGAGUACUACAAGGUCAAGCUGGACUACCUGACCUCCCCGAUCCCGGCCGCCGGCUUGAGGGGCCUGCUCGCGAGGAUCGUCGAGGACGGGGGCGGUUCGAUCGACAUCGACCCGCAGGGCGGCGCGAUGGGCGCGACGCCGGAGUCCGCAACACCGUACGCGCAUCGGCGAGGGUACCUGUACAACGUGCAGUACUUCGUCAAGUGGCACGGCGGCGCCGGCGGCGAGGAGGAGGAGGGGCACCUGGGGUGGGUGAGAGGGGUGCACGGGUUCAUGGCGCCGUACGUGAGCUCGGGGCCGAGAGCGGCGUACGUGAACUUCAGGGACCUGGACCUGGGAAUGAAUGUGGAGGGGGAGACGAGCUACGAGAAGGCCAGGGCGUGGGGGGAGGUGUACUUCAGGGGAAACUUCAGGAGGCUGGCCAUGGUGAAGGCCGAGGUGGAUCCCGAGCAGGUGUUCUGGAGCGAGCAGAGCAUCCCUCCCCUGUUUGUGGAGAGGCAGAGUGAGAGUGGGCUUGUUUCGGACACCUGAUUGUUCGGAUGCAUUGAGCUUCUGUUCUUGGAUGCUGGAUGUACUGUUUUUUAACUAAAUACUGUAUAUAGUGUAUUGAAUGACAUCACAUGAUGUAUCGGCAGGGCAAUUUCUGAAUUUUGCUCUUUUCCCUCUUGCUUGUUCAGUUAUUUCGGAUCA